GGCCGGGCGUUCAGCGCCUGAGCGCUCCCGCCGCCUUUGCGUCACUUCCGGCGGGCCGCGGGCGUUGUGGUUCCGGGGUCACGGCGUCUGAUCCCCCGGAACGGUUCCUUCGGCUCGGAGCCGGCGCUCCGACUUCCUGCUAACUAAUGUCAGGAGACAGUGAUUGUACCCGAACAAGCCCAUCCGUGGGGUCUCCAUCGGAUAAUGAGUUCCUGCCAGAUCGGCCAAGGUAUGUGUGCUCACUGUCUCCUGAUCUUAUUGCCAAGGCUCGUGAAGAGCUGCAGGAGAAACCUGAAUGGAGGCUUCGUGAUGUGCAAGCCCUCCGAGACAUGGUGUGUAAGGAUUACCCUACUCUGGGCACGUGUCUGGACGAUGCUUUCUUGCUAAGGUUCCUUAGAGCCAGGAAAUUUGAUUAUGACCGAGCGCUUCAGCUUCUGGUGAACUAUCACAGCUGCAGGAGGAGCUGGCCUGAGGUCUUCAAUAACUUGAAACCAUCUGCAAUUAAGGCUGUCCUAGCAUCUGGCUUUGUCACUGUGCUGCCUCACUUGGACACUGAGGGACGCCACGUUGUCUGCAUUCGUCCAGACAGAUGGAUACCAAGUAAUUAUCCAAUUACUGAGAACAUUCGUGCCAUAUACUUAACAUUAGAAAAACUCAUUCAGUCUGAAGAGACCCAAGUGAAUGGAAUUGUAAUCCUUGCAGACUACAAAGGAGUCAGUUUAUCUAAGGCAUCUCAUUUUGGUCCUUUUGUAGCUAAAAAAGUGAUUGGAAUUCUUCAGGAUGGUUUUCCCAUUAGAAUCAAAGCCGUCAAUAUUAUAAAUGAGCCUCGCAUAUUCAAAGGAAUUUUUGCAAUCAUCAAGCCUUUUCUGAAGGAAAAGAUAGCAAACAGGGUCCUGUGUUGUUGUAACUUUCUCAUCAGCUAAACAGGUUGGAUGCAGUUCCCCCUGCAGUUCGUUGAUUCUUCCCUUUCACACGCAGAAGAGGAUGCCUCUCUCCACAAGGCUGAGUGCUGCCUUCUCUGCACUCCCAGUCCUUGUGAAUGAGUUUAGACUCAAACUGAACUGGAAACGUGGUUAUUGUGAUUAAGAUUUACUAACUGGAUCGCCUAUAAGGCGAGACUUUCAAAAAGGUAUCGAACUGGCUUCUACUCUUGCAUGCACAAUGUUGUGCACUGUCCUUUGCAAAAAGAAAAUGAUGUUGCUUGCAAUUGUGCAUGCAGAGCCAGUUGAAACAUGCCCCCUUAGAAUUAUUUAAAGAGCAAAAUAGACUCUCCCUACUUGUCAUGUGCUGGUCUUGCUGGAGUUUUAAAAUGCUUGAUUACAAGCUGAAAAGGUGUCUGAUACUUUAAUAAAAUAUAUUUUGGGAUUUUCUUCCUCAGUUUUUUCUUCAUGGCUCUGAUUUGAAUUCUCUUCAUCAAAACCUUCCACAAAGGAUCCUUCCUGAAGAAUAUGGUGGCACAUCAGGGAAGCUGGAUGUCGCUGCCUGGAAUGAGUUGCUGCUCGCCUCGGAAGAGGAUUUUCUGCAUGACUUCUCUGAGCUGGUUCUUCCAGGUGACAGCUCACCAUCUGAAGCUGUAGUGAGUGGGGAUGCUGAGGAGAAGCAGAGUGAAGAGCCUCUGCGAGGCAUGAAACCUCAACUCUACUACUGUUAUUAACAAAUCAGUUAAAGGAAGCUUCCUUGCACAGUCAGUCUAGAUGCCCUCUCCUGUUCUGAAAGGAGUAAGAACACAGUGGGGUUAUGAACUCUUCCUUACUCCUAAACCUCCAGUUUGUGAGUAGAGGCAUUUUAUGCUGUGGAACCAAAGCAAGUUAAAGAGGGUGAGAUGGGGGCAAGGCAGAGUUCUCUUUGGAAUCUAGGCAGGUCACACAAUUCCCAAGUCACCUCAAGUGUUAAGGAUUGUUAAUCCCAGUGUGAAAGAUGCAGUCUAGUAAAUUCCUCUUAGUAGUGAGAGAAAAAAAUAUCUCAUUAGAGUGAAUCUCAUAAGUGUCUCUCUCAGGGUAAAAGGCAGAAAAGACUUGCUAGUUUGGCAAUCAUCAGAAAAUAGCAUCAUCACUGCAUCCUGCAAAGUGAUGCUCUGUCAGUGGAGAUUGUCAGAAAUGUCCAAGUCACAGUCCUGAACCUAAUUACCUGGUCCUGUCUGUGCAAUAGCAUGUUCCAGGAGUAUCAGAAUGCGUACUGGAGCUUCUCCCUGAUAUUUUGCACGCUCUGUGUGUGGGGAAUUCCUAACAGAUUUGCCCUUUGAUUUGAAAGGAGAAAGUUACCAUAAUUUUGUAAACAUUGUGACUAGUUAUUUCAAAGCAUAGUGUAAUCAGACACAAAUUCCACUUCCAGAAGAUUGAGCCCUUCAGAUCAUGUAUUGCAUAGCUUUUUUGCAAUAAGAUGCAACUUUGAAUAUUUACAACAAUAUAGACAACUUGAGAAGGAGUGAGGUCAUUCACUCAGAUAUAAUCAGUUGCUCUUUCCUUCAGGUGAUCACUUGGAUGCCCUGCCUUACUUUUCAACUUCCCUAAGUAACUUAAAUAGAAUCUAUGUGGAAAGAUUUUGUAGCGGGUAACAUCUGUAGAAGGCAAUAUUAAGUAAGAGAAAGCACGGUAGUUCUUGAGCUACAUUACUUUGGAUAGAAUUUUUGAAUCCGAGUCUUUGUAAACCAAAUGCAGACAGAUAUUUUUAAAGAAUGUUCAGAUUUGUUGUAUUGCAGUUGCUCUCUGUUCAUGUUUGUCCUGGUUUAAGUAACACUGUUGCUAUUAUUCAUCCCUUUCUCUUUGGAUGGCAGCUUCUAUGUAAAGUGUAGACUUUGGUCAGUUCUGUAGGGCUUAAGCUUAGGUUGUGUGUUCCAGUACUUUAGAUCCUUAGUUCUAAUGUCAAAUGAGGUUAACGCGUCCUGCAUCUGUAUAGGCUGUUCCUCAAGUUCAUUCUGUGUCAUGGUAUUGAAUUUUAAAUGAACUCUGAGCACAUUAUCUUUGCACAUCAUGCACUAUAUAAAUAGUGCAAAGGUGAAACCUCAUUACAGCCAGGAAGGCACACCCCGUUAUUUAAAAGGGUAUGUCAGUGGACAAGAACACUGAUUAUAACCAAACACCUCAUCUUUAUAGCACUUUUUAAAUGGCUGGAAUUUCUUUGGGGGGAUAGGGAAGGAGAGGGGUUGGGAGGGUAAAUCUUUUUACGGAAUACCAAGUGGGAAAGAGGGACCGGUUAUCUUACUGUAAAUAUGAAAUGUAUGGUCUCAAGUAGUUGGACCAUCCUUUUCUCUGAGUGCCAAACUGUGCUUGUUUGAAUGUCUCUUCCUAGAUUACACCAUAGCAUGACUUUGUUGCCAAAAAGAAUUUGGGAAGGAAUAGAUUAGGGAAAUCACAGCUCCCUGACUUGGUAAAAUGCUAGCUCUUUUAUUCAAGCAAUAGAAGAGUGGGACUGGGUUUUGAAAGGAAUGAAAGGUAUAAAAUUUUUUCUAAUUAGCAGUUCAUAGGUCCAAUGGGGACAAGAAGUUCAUAUCCUGUCACUUGAACAGAAAGACUAGCAGAUCCCUUUUACUGUUGCGUAGGAUGCUGGCAAGAGUCUAUUGAGAGAGAAUAUAGCUUUCUUCUUUCCUUCCCCUUUUUAGGUAUGAAAGAUAGUAGGAGAGAGACUCCUGCCUCUAACAUCAAUGUAUGACAGCCCCUGCCCCUUUCUAUACUAGUCUUAAUUUUCAUGGGGGAAAAGUAUUUCAGAUGAGAAAUAUCAUUCCUGUCAUUAACAAUCUGUCAGCCCCCAACUUUUGUGCAGACCGGGCAGAAAUGCAGGGCUGGCUAGUGUCUCUUCAUUUGAGCAAAACUUUCCUCUCAGAUCUACUGUGCAGUGCUUGCCGUUAUUGUGGAGAUAAAUCCAGCUCUUCUUCCACCUAGCAAAAUAAGCAGAAUGUGGCAUAGCUUAGGUUGACAAUUAUGGUUUUAAGCAAUCUAACUAAAUUAACUGCCAAAAAUGCGUUGGGGUGUCUUGAAUGGUUUGAGUGAAUGCCGACUACUAAUUCCCCUCUGUCCACCACCAAAAAUUUUUAAAAAAAAAGACACUCCAGGAUACAGCAUUUGUCUUUGAAGUGGGUGCAUGGCAGGCUUUAUUCUUACUCUUUCACGGUUGGGUAGUUUCCCCUCUAAGACUACAUCUGCACUAUGUGUCCCUUUUGGUGGCAUGUAGCAUACAUACACUGCAUUUCUCCCUAACACUAGUAUAAAAAGCAACACAGAUGAUAAAGUACUCCUUAGGUGAGUAAAGACAUGCCUAAAGCUGGUGCAUAUGUAUCUUACUUGCCCACAUAGUGCCUCCCCGCUCACUGCUGUUUUUAGCAGCAUAGUGUCCUGCUGCUAGAGUCUUUCCCCAAAGCACUGAAAAGUUCUGGCACUGAGGAGCUCCCAGAGCCUCUCCUGGCCCAGAGCCUUUCCUUGGCAUGUGUAGCUACACAUCAGUAUGGAUGCUCCCUGCUUUUCACUGUGACAUGUAGUUACCUCUGCCCUGCAUGUCACCAGGGUGCAGUGUAGACAUAGCCUAAGAGGAGCUGCUCUCAACCAGUUUGGUAACAAGUUUUCUAACAGAGCUUUCCCUCUUCACUAAACUUCCUCCUUAAAAAGGAUUUGUGGGGGGGGAAAAUCUCCAGCAACCAGGGCAAUACUUGAUUUUUUCAAUGCUUUUUCACUCUGGCAUGCCUUAAACUAUAGCAACCAAACUAGAUUUCAUUUGUAGCCUCAAACCAAGGUCAUCUUUGGAAGACAAAUUGACAGUUUGUAGUACUUUAUUCUUAAACAAAAUAGCUUUGGUCAUCUUACUUGUAGAUAGAGACUUAAGUUUUCCUCUCAGAACUUUUGUUUUGGAAUUGUUAGACUUUGGAAUCUAGCUUUUAAAUUCAUGAUAGCUGUCAUCAGUAAUAUAGCAUACAUAGACAAAGCCAGUACAUUAUCCAUUAUCAGCUAUAACUUUUCCUAAUUCCCUCAUGGGGGCAGAUGCUUUGCUUGUCUUCCUAGAGAAAGUGUAGACUCUCACAAGAGGAACUAUAGCUUAACAGCUAGAAGCUGUUAAUAUUUUGGUACCCAAAGCACUAUUUAAAAAAAAAAAAAAACUGUAGAAAAGUUGAGCUAUCAAGCCCUUUAAUGACAGGCAGCCCUUUUGUCUCAGAGGCAGAUGGCAUUAUAAAGCUAAAUAGGUUAUGUAUUUGACAAUAGGCCCACACUUCUAGUGACUUCUUAUCUUUAAAGUAGGAGGGAAGGAAGAGCAAUGGAGUUAACUCAAAAAAUCCCUUUCAGUGUUAAAUUAACAUCGGGCUGUUUCAACUAAACUUUCUAAAAAUCAGUUCCAUGGUAAGCUAGCUGAGUGAGGACAACGUCAGAAGUAACAAUUCUGGCUAGGCAGUAACUGAGAGGAAGGUACUCAAACUGCCUUGGGCAACCUUGACUGUCUCAUGGGAAGUAGGACAAAGGUUAAUUGCAUACUGUAAAUAAAAUACUUGAAUUUAUACUAGGGCAAAUAGGGGUUAUACAUACAGGGGUCUUUUUCAGGGAAUGAGGGUGUUUUGGCACAAGUUCAGUAAUAUGAUUGUUCAAAUGAUUUUGCUUUUUGGUUUAAGUGUACCUAAAGUUGUUAGGUUUAAUAUACAUCUGUUAUUUUGAUAAAAUGUUUAUUUUUAUAUUGCAUUUUAUAAAAUGGAGUGGUCAAUGUAUGUACUUUUAUUAUGCAUGACUGGGUAUUAAACAAUUCUAACA